AUGGAAAGACUUCGGCGAUGGAUCAUAAAUAUAGUGGUUUGUGCACUGUUGUCGAUAACAACAGAAGGUGUAGGUGUAGGAAUUACUUAUUUGGAAAGUGCAGUAGCCAAAGGAGCUGUCUGCUUGGAUGGCACUGCUCCAGCUUUCCACUGGGAUAAAGGCUCUGGUUCAGGAAUUAAUAAUUGGAUGGUUCUAAUUGAGGGUGGAGGGUGGUGCCAAGAUAUUGCAAAUUGCAUUGAUCGCAAAGGUUGUGAUAGGGGUUCAUCGACAUUAAUGCGGAAGGAAUUUGGCUUCUCUGGUAUACUGGGUCCCCAGAAUCGCACUAAUCCAGACUUCUCCAAUUGGAAUAGAGUGAAGGUUAGGUAUUGUGAUGGCGCCUCCUUCACUGGUGACGUGGAAGCUGUUGAUCCUAUUAAUAGGCUUCACUUCAGAGGCGCAAGAAUUUGGCAUGCUGUAAUGGAUGAACUUCUAGAAAAGGGAAUGAAGAAUGCAGAAAAUGCAAUUCUCACAGGUUGUUCUGCUGGCGGAUUGGCAACUAUUUUGCACUGUGAUGAUUUCAGAGACCAUCUCCCAUCCACCACCAAAGUUAAAUGUGUAGCUGAUGCUGGCUAUUUUAUUCAUGGGAAGGAUAUCUCUGGAGGGUCAUAUGUUGAAUCUUUCUACAAGCAAGUGGUGUCUCUACAUGGAUCUGUGAAGAACUUACCUCAAUCAUGCACUUCAAGAACAAACCCACCUGAGUUGUGUUUCUUCCCACAAUACGUGAUUCCGCACAUGCACACUCCAAUCUUUAUUAUAAGCGCAGCCUAUGAUUCCUGGCAGAUCAAGAACAUUUUAGCACCGGGUCCUGCGGAUAAGCUUAGGGCAUGGGAUACUUGUAAGUUCGACUUCAGGACAUGCUCACAGAAUCAGAUGAACGUUAUUCAGAGCUUUAGAUACCAAGUCCUUAACGCACUGAAACCAGUUAUGGACAACAAACAACAUGGACUGUUUUUAGAUUCAUGCUACGCUCACUGCCAAGCUGGCGGUGAAGAUACAUGGAUGCUUGAUAAUUCACCUAUUAUUGAUAAUACGACAAUUGCAAAGGCAGUUGGAGACUGGUUUUACGAAAGAAAUUAUUAUAAUAAAGUAGACAACUGUGGCUAUCCUUGCAACCCGACUUGUCCAGAUCUUAACGAAGCAGAUUAG